UGCGACUGACUGUCCUGGCUACCCCAGGAGAAUUCAGAGCAAGGUGUGUGUCAAACAGGAAUGGAAGCAGUGGGACUGAGAGCAAGUCUCUUGGCUGACAGGGAGAUCGUUUGCACUGCCAUCCUUCUGCCUGGGCCUGGAUCCUGGACUUCUGAGCAUUUUGCUCUCCUGGAAGCCGCUAUUCCUAUCAGCUGAUAUCUGCCUGACUCUCUCUUGUGGGGUGUGUGUGUGUGUGUGUUGAGAGAGUUUCAGGAAGGGGUGGGGCUCUAUUUCUGUUGGCAGCAAUAACAACAGGGGAGCUGUUUGUGCCUGGCAUGGUAUAUCGUGCGCUUAGCCACAGGGACCAGGCCAGCUGCAUCAUAGGCUGCCCAGCCCAAGCAUGGUGCCUACUGUGUGUCAAGCUCACGCUGCUGUUUAAUCCAACACUGGCUCUUUAUUAUUGUGGAUUUGACUGGGCUGACUCUUGGAAGAGAGGGGAGAGGGAUCACAUUGGAUGCAGAUUGCAGGAAGAGUGGACACUAUGCCCUGGAAAUGGAAUACUCUUCCGAAGGUCUUCUCAAAAUCCCCCAAAAUUAUUCAGGCACGGCGUAAACCCUCAAGGAGUCUGAGCCUAAAUCAGGCCAUGGAGGACACUUGUGAACUAGACCUGGUGUAUGUCACAGAACGGAUCAUUGCCGUCAACUUUGCAAGUUUGUCAGAGGAACAGACUUUCUGCAGCAACCUGAAGGAGGUGGCACAAAUGCUAAAAUCCAAGCAUGGUGACAGUUACUUGCUUUUUAACCUGUCAGAGAGGAGGCAUGACAUCAGCAAGCUGCACUCCAAGGUGCUGGAUUUCGGAUGGCCUGACCUGCACACCCCUGCCCUGGAGAAGAUAUGCAGCAUCUGCAAGGCCAUGGAUACAUGGCUCAACGCUGAUGCUCAUAAUGUCGUGGUUCUCCAUAAUAAGGGGAACAGAGGCCGAACGGGGGUUGUCAUUGCUGCCUAUAUGCAUUACAGCAACAUUUCAGCCAGUGCAGACCAAGCUCUAGAUCGCUUUGCCAUGAAGAGGUUCUAUGAGGACAAGGUGAUCCCAGUGGGGCAGCCAUCACAGAAGAGGUAUGUCCAUUACUUCAGUGGUCUUCUCUCUGGAACCAUCAAAAUGAACAACAAGCCCCUCUUUCUGCACCACGUCAUCAUGCAUGGAAUUCCCAACUUUGAGUCCAAAGGAGGCUGCCGACCCUUCCUCAAGAUAUACCAGGCCAUGCAGCCGGUCUACACAUCUGGAAUCUACAACGUGCAGGGGGACAGCCAGACCAGCAUCUGCAUCACUAUAGAGCCCGGACUGCUCUUAAAGGGAGACAUCUUGCUGAAAUGUUACCACAAGGAGUUUCGUAGCCCGACGCGGGAUGUCAUCUUCCGGGUGCAGUUCCACACUUGUGCCAUUCAUGACUUGGCCAUUGUCUUCAACAAGGAAGACCUGGAUGAUGCCUUUAAGGAUGAGCGGUUUCCAGAGUAUGGGAAAGUGGAGUUUGUGUUCUCUUACGGCCCUGAGAAGAUUCAAGGCAUGGAGCACCUUGAGAAUGGCCCCAGUGUCUCAGUGGACUACAACACCUCCGAUCCCCUCAUACGCAGGGACUCCUAUGAAAAUUUCAACAUGCGUCAUGAAGACAGCAUGGAGGAGGUUGGGCACACCCAGGGGCCUCUGGACGGGAGCCUCUAUGCCAAGGUGAAGAAGAAAGACUCGCUUCAUGGCAGCACUGGGGCUGUCAACACCAACCGCAUCACUCUUUCGGCAGCCCCCAACCAUAUUGAGCACACGCUCUCAGUCAGCAGCGAUUCAGGCAACUCCACUGCUUCCACGAAGACAGACAAGACCGAUGAGCAGACGGUGCCAGUGGCCCCCAGCAGCAGCGGAGGAAACAACCUUAUACUGACGCCCGAAGAGAAACGGGAGCUUGACAGCUUGCUCAGUGGCUUUGGGUUGGCAAACGAAGCUGCCAUGCAUAACCACAACCCCACUGGGGUGACCGCAGCCACCUCUGCUGCAUCAGGCCGCCACAUAGUUCCUGCUCAGGUGCAUGUCAAUGGGGAGGCCGCUGGCUUGGUGGCAGAGCGAGAAACAGACAUUCUGGAUGACGAGCUGCCCAACCAAGAUGGGCACAGCGUAGGGAGCCUGGGCACCCUGUCCUCCUUUGAUGGCACCACGAACACCAGCGACAUGGGCUACCACGAGGCCCCCCGGAUGGAGAGCCUCAACUCGUUGCCCAACGGUUCAUCCAACUUCAACGGCAUAGACAAGCUGCAUGACUCGGAGACUGUGAUCAAUGGUGGCUACCCCUACAACAACCAGAACACUUUGCGGAGCAUGAUGGGGCGUCACCCCCAGGAUCCCUAUGGGCACAUCCGGCCUUCAGUGUCUGCCCAGGAAAAUUUGGCUGACUACUACCAGCACGGCUUCCCCGCUCCAGGCUGGUUGCAGCCGCAGCUACCAGUAUCUAGCCAGCAGUACUCAUAUGGCUAUGACCCAAAUGGUAUCUAUCGCUCCCAGUCCUUCCCUACAGCUACUGCUGAGAGCCCUCAGCUCCCCCAGGCACCAGCCCGAAGCACGAGUAGCCGGGAAGCUGUCCAGAGGGGACUUAACUCUUGGCAGCAGCAAAGUGGAGGUAGCAGGCCACCAUCCCGCCAACAAGAUGGCACCCGAGAGAGUCAAAGUCUGAGUGUUUCCAGUGCAAGCCCCCAGCCGAGCCCUUCACAAGCAGCACCCUCUCACAGCAUCAGCAUCCCUGAGUUCCCCAGGGUGGCCUCCCAAAAGGAGAUAGAUCAGUCCAUCGAAGCCCUCAACAUGCUCAUGCUUGAUCUGGAUCCCUCUACCUCUGUGAUGCACAAAUCCCAGAGUGUCCCGGUGGCCUCCAGAGAAGACAGGCCACGUGCUGUGGCUCUCUCAGUGUCUGCCCAGCCUGUCAGUGGUCCUCAGGUGGUGCAACCAAAGUCUGCCAAUGCCUUUGGUCCCAUUCCAGGAAGUCCUUCACACAACUCCUUGGGCACCCCUGUGUCCCAGCUGCCUGAACCAGUACCUAAAGCUCAUCCCACGAGGCUCUUGCUCCAUAAUGCUGGAGAGCCAGAGUGUCCGGCACAGGACUACAGAGAGGCCUACUCACCGUAUGGCUAUCAGAAUCAACAGCCCAGUGCAACACAAGCCAAAAGCUAUGACCAGGGUACAGGGAGCCCUCCUACUUCUCCCAGGCCUCAUGCAAUGGCAUACACGCUCAUGGAAGGGCAGCACCCCCUGCUUUCGUCACCCCAGUCCCCGGUGAUGACAGUUCAAGCUCAGGUCCCAGCAAAGGAUGCUGAUAAUUAUGAACAAACAUCUCGGCCCUCAGAGGAAGAGCCGUUGCACCUUGAAGGACUGGUGGCCCACAGAGUAGCAGAGUACAACGCCAAACUCCGGGACAUCCGGAAGAGCAUGAAAAGCCCCCAUCCUCCUCUUCACCGACAACGAUCCUUCUCCUUUUCUGGAUUCUUGGGUCUUCUGAAUCCACCCACCUCUCCCCAAAAAGAGGUACAGUCACCACGGGAGAAGUCGCCAGAAGAAACUGAAGCCCCCAUCCGGAGACGUACCACCAGUGAAGGCCAGUAUGAGAACAGCCCCCAGGAGCCAAGCUCACCGCGAAGCCCCACUGUGCGCUCUCCAGUUCACUGUGUCUCCCCAGAAGUGGUCAGCACCAUAUCUGCCAACCCUGGAGGAAGGCCCAAGGAGCCCCAUCUGCAUAGCUACAAGGAAGCCUUUGAAGAGAUGCAGGGGACCUCGCCAAGCAGUCCACCCUCCAGCGGUGGUGAGACCUCUCCCCCAACCCCUGCUUUCCCUGUCUCACCACAAACCCCUUACAGUAACCUACUGCGCUCUCCACCAGGAUUGGCCAAGACUCCUCUUUCUGCACUGGGCCUUAAACCUCACAACCCAGCUGAGAUCUUGCUGCAGCAGACAGGAGAACUUGAUGGGGAGACAUUAGUUGAAUCUGAUGAAGAACCUCGGAGCUACGUGGAAUCAGUGGCCCGCUCCGCAGCAGCUGGCGGCGGUGGUGGAAGCAACACCAUUGGGAAGUCCCAGGCAGUCCCAGCUCCACAGGCCUACAGCACUGAGGCCCCUGCAAAGAAUGAGUCAUUCUCCAACUCCUUUGCCUCACCAAGCCCUGUUGCAGCCAGCAGCCCCAUGCACAGCAUGGAUGGGAUCUCUGUACACAGUUACCCUUCAGAGAACAGUACCAGCAUAGCCCUGCCCUCUCAGCCUUCUGCUGAGUCCAGCUUCCAAUCCACCAAUCUUUCUCAGGGGCCAUCAGUGAACAGCAGCUACCAAAACACAUCCGCAUCAACUCAGGGCCUGCCGGUCUAUAUGAACACCGACUUCCCCGAUGGCCGAGCCAGCAGUCAGCAAGAGAGCCACCUGAGGCCUCAACCCCAGGUCAGUACAGCUGGGGUCCAUGUGGUGCCUGGAAGCCCCCACUCCCUGCACAGAACAGUCGCCACCAAUACUCCCCCAAGCCCAGGAUUCGGGCGAAGAGCUGUCAACCCCAACAUGGCAGCCACUCCAGGAAGCCCAAGCAUGAACAGGCACUUAAUGGGACAGCACGGCAACCUUGUUGCAACACCUGGCAGUCCAAGCCUUGCUCGUCAUCAGCCCAUGGCAGGAGGCAGCACAUCCAUCCUCUCUGGGAGCCCCGGUCUGGAUCGGCAUAUCAUAUAUGGCUACACCACACCGGAGGAGAAGCGCCCAACUGUGUCCCGCCAAAGCAGUGCCUCAGGUUACCAAGCUCCCUCUACUCCAUCUUUUCCUGUCUCCCCGGCCUACUUCCACGGAGUCGGCAGCCCACAGUCCUCUUCCCCUGACUCCGCCGUCUACAGGCAGGGCAGCCCCACGCCACCCCAGCCACAGCUUCCAGAGAAGAGGAGGAUGUCAUCAGGGGACCGGUCCAACAGCCUCCCCAACUAUGCCACCGUGAACGGCAAGACUUCUUCACCCAUCUCCAGUGGCAUGUCCAGUCCCAGCGGUGGGAGCACUAUGGCCUUUCAUCAUACCCUGCCAGAUUUCUCCAAGUUCUCGAUGCCAGACAGCAGCCCUGAGACCAGAGCAAAUGUGAAGUUUGUCCAGGAUACCUCCAAGUACUGGUACAAGCCAGAGAUCUCCAGGGAACAAGCUAUUGCAUUGCUGAAAGACAAGGAACCGGGGGCUUUUAUCAUCCGAGACAGCCACUCCUUCCGGGGUGCGUAUGGGUUGGCCAUGAAGGUUGCUUCACCACCACCUGGCGUUGUGCAACAGAGCAAGAAAGGAGAUAUCACCAAUGAGCUGGUAAGGCACUUCCUCAUUGAAACCAGUCCUAAGGGGGUCAAGCUAAAAGGAUGCCCCAAUGAGCCAAAUUUUGGUUGCCUGUCUGCUCUGGUGUACCAGCACUCCAUCAUGCCUCUGGCCUUGCCCUGCAAGCUGGUCAUUCCUGACCGAGAUCCCAUGGAGGAAGCAAAAGAGACCACUUCAUCAAGCAACUCAGCAACAGACCUGCUCAAACAAGGAGCAGCCUGUAAUGUUCUCUUCAUUAACUCGGUGGAGAUGGAGUCAUUAACAGGGCCACAGGCCAUUGCCAAAGCGAUCACUGAGACACUGGCCUCCGACACCCCACUCGCUGCUACUAUUGUCCACUUCAAAGUCUCAACGCAAGGAAUCACCUUGACAGACAACCAGAGGAAACUCUUUUUCAGACGACAUUAUCCCAUUACCACUGUCACUUUCUGUGACGUGGACCCGCAGGAAAGAAAGUGGACUAAGUCGGAGAGCGGGGGAUCAGCAAAACUCUUUGGCUUUGUGGCCAGGAAGCAAGGCAGCACAACAGACAAUGUCUGCCACCUCUUUGCAGAAUUGGACCCUGAUCAGCCAGCGGCUGCCAUUGUCAACUUUGUUUCCAGGGUCAUGCUUGGCUCCUCUCAGAAGAGAUGAACUGCUGCCUUCCCCCUGCAGGGGGCUUCUUGCCCUUGAAUUUUGAAGAAGGACUUGGAGUUGUUCCGAGAAUGAGUGCGAGGAAGUGCGUUGUGAAAGAGGGAAGUGGACCAAUGGGGGGAGAGAGAGAGAGAAUGAGAGAGAGAAAACAAACCGGUCUGAAUUGUUGGAGGGCCCAAACCAACAAAUGUACGUACAUAGCAGAAACCAAGGAAAUGCCAAAUUCAGGAGGUAGAGACAAUCUUGGCUUUUGGAUCAGCAUGAAAUCAGAGAAUUCAGCCCCCUCAGGCCAAAGCACGGAUUUUAUUAACCUUUGUGGGGUAGGACUAUAUUGUAGUUGCUUGUUUAGAAAAUAAGGCAAAAAACAAACAAAAACAAAUCAUGAAUUAUGUGAACUGCAGGAAUCACAUUAAGAGACAUGCCAAACAAGCAAUCAUUGGACCCAUUUCUGAAAGUUCUUGCUCCCAACUCUUCAACUGCUGAAUGUACAAAGGUGUGUGUGUGUGCGCGCGCAUGUGUGUGGUAUGCACAUAUUUUAAUGUGUAUCUGUGGAAAUCUGCAGUGUUAGGGUCAUGCCUCUGGUGAAUGCUGAGUGGUUUUUUCCAGAAUUUUUACCUGUGGACACCUGCAUUUUCCUCCUUCUCCAAGGUCAUAUCACUCCAACUAGAGGAAAGCAUCUUGAGCAGCCACAAGUAGUGUAAGAUUCAUCAUGGAAGUGGGAAGUUCUGAUUUUAACCGGUAGUCACACACACGCACGCACGCACGCACGCGCAUGUGCACAAAUACAUUUGUACAUACAAGUUAUGGAGCAGGGAGUUUCUUCCUAGCUAAUUUUAGGAGCAUGCUAGACAAAGCAGGAAUAUCUUCUGGUCUCUAUGCAAUGAGGGUCAUGUUAGAUCCUUUGAAGAGAAAAACUGGCCCACAGCCCCUGUCCCUAUUUCAUUUUUAAUACCAGCAACUUGGGAAUGCCAUUUCUUUUAUGUGUAAGAUUAAAACAACCCUGCCCAGGUUUCUCCCUACUCGUUUGGGAGGCAUGCACGUGGUUUUGUAUGUUGCAUGGAAAUGACUCGUAGCUUAAGAUAAGAUGAAUGAUCCAGUCAUGGGGGUGGGGGGGAUUCUGUUUUGAAGAUACUAGGGAUAAUCUUUAAAAAGAGCCAGCUUGGGGUAAGUUCUGGCUUAAGGGAGGCCAUAGUUGUUACAAACACCAGUGGCUCUGUGUGAACCGUCUACUGGAGGUUCAGCGUGGGGGAUGUAGCAAAAUGAGCUUAUAAUUUUGCCUCAUUCAGCUUUGCUUCAGCUUCCCAGGGUAUGGAGCAUCAGAUCUUGCAGUGACUUGCUAGCCAACAGUUGGCAGCAUGGUCUUUGACUGGCAUUGGGUCUGGAAAGAGAGGCAGCCCCACUAGCUUGCAAAUAGGUUGUUCAGAGCAACAUCUUACCCAUCUCCACAGUGUAGCCACCAAGGAACUAUGUAUUUUCCUAUUUAACAUCACCAGUCCUUCCACAAGCAUGACUUCUGGCAUUCCUAGUGGGGGCCACCCAAGCCCUGCCCAUUGACUCUGGGCACCUUUGUCGAGGAGAGGGUGAGUGGUCAAGAGAGGUCUCUUGGGUUGGGGAGAGGUCUAUCACACAGACUUCCUAUAGCAUCGUAGGGAGUUUCUCUCCAUCCUCUCUGAGAUCUGUGAUUGGCAAGUCCCAGAUACAAACUCUUGUGGUGAGUGGAUGAAACAAUGAUCCCAUGUGUCAGAUCCCAUGUCUUUAUUGUGAGUUCUUCCAUCUCUGUUUAAAGCUAGGGCCAAAGCCCUGCUGAAAGCAAGUCAUGGUUGCCUUGCCAUGUCAGCGGCCCAAAGGGAGCUGGCCAAAGGUGUCAGAAGAGGCGGACAUGGACAGCCACAGUGCGAGUCAAUGAUAAAGACCAUCCAUCUGAGUGGGAUGGUGUAACGUGGUGUCCUGCAGCAGCAAGGGGUUGGACCCAGUGGCCUUCAUGGCCCCUUCCAGCUCUACUCUUCUAUGAUUCUACGAAGUGGGCUGUAAGUUCAGCCCAUCUUCUCAAUAACACUGAAUAGUUGUUCCAACUUCUUUGGGUGGGUUGGGCUGCUAUCCUCCAACAGGGUUCAAGGGCCUCAAUGAAAAACCAUUGAUGAAAAGCUGUCGCCUCUAAAAUACCACCUUGGUUUUGAUAAAGCAGAACCUGAAAUAGUGCGGAAACAAGACAUUUAGGGAUAGACCGUGAGUUGAUGAGACACUUCAGUUUGAAGUCUUGCAGCGUACAGUCCAAAAUAUCAACUCCAAGUCAUGCAGCCACCUAAAUUCCCCUAGAGAGUGUACCUCUCACAUUGCCUUGAUAUAAUAUAUGUAUGUAUGUAUGUAUGUAUGAAAUAUAAUGACAAAAUAAUGUAAGCUAAUCAAAAAAAUUUAAAAAGUGAAAUUUACACAAAAAGUAUUUAUUUUUUGACAUACUGCUUUUAUCUAUCUUUUAUUUUCUCCAGUAUCUGCAGUUCCCCCCAUUUUCCCUCUCCCCCACCCAUGUUGUAGUCUCUUGUAUGUAUAACUUAGUGCAAAGUGCGUAUUUGGUUAGCAUUAUUGACAUGGCAAGGUUUCAGAAAGUGAUGCCGGUCCUCCCAAGCCCCCAGAAGCCAUGUCUUUUGAUACUGUACCAUGGGGAAAUGCAACAGUUUGGCAUUUCUCACCCCCGCCGCCUCAUUUUGAGUAAUCUGCCCAAGAAAUUGAGCAUGUAUGAAUUUGUAUUUCAUUGCUGAGUGAUGUGAGGGUUAGCGGCGUGUGGAUGUGUGAAAGUAUGUGGAGAGACUCAUUUCUUGAGAUGUGUAAAGCAUGUGUCUUGCAUCCAAGAGCUUGUUGCUGAAGCAAAUACUUGGAUGGAGUGGGAGCACCAGUUUUUUCAUGCCAUCACCCAGGCUCCACACCCAGAUGGGAUGCUGGAGACUGUGGCAGCUUAUUUUUUAUGUUGGUUACAAUAUUUCCCUCCUUCUGCAAAAUUCGAGCAAGAUGACCCCCCUCCCACGCCUGCAACUGUCUCACCCUGCCAUUAACCAAUUAGAGAAACACUGUGUCUAUAGAUAUAUAAAUAUUAUAAAUAUAUAUAUUUUUUGAAAGUCUCUAUUUUUCAGACUUCAUUCUUUUCACCGCUUUCAGAAAUUUGCAAUUUCUCCUUUCCCUUUCAACAUUCGCUGUCUUGCCACAAAAAGUGGCACUGGAAGGUAAUGGUUCAUUUUUGUUUUGCCAUUCCAAAAAAAGAAAAAAAGGUGUAACCUUGAUACAGGGCACCCAGCAGUCACAUACAAAUACGGAUCAUCAUAGCAGGCUCAUGCAUGUCGGCAGAAAUAGCUGCUUCCAGCCAUUACCUGCUCACUGCUGCUUAUACUAACUCACUCACUGAAGAUGGAAAGUUUAAGAUCCUUCCCUGUUAGAACAUACCUACUAAUUAUGGCUUUAAAAAAAGGGCAAAGCUAAUCACUACACAUUCUUACCUGUUGCUUUUCCAGCUUGCAUUCAAGACAAAAGGCUGCGUUUUAGAAGUAGGGUUGGUAUUGUUGCCCCGAUUGUGUGUCGAUAAGACCUCCAGCUCCUCCAGCAUGGUCCGAGGCCGAGGGUUCUCAAAAUGAAUGUGCGGCAGGUGGCUGCUGGGGCGAUUCGCGCUCCAGCCCACUGAGCUUGCCACCCACCCCAAGAAUUCCUGUAUAUAUCUUGAUGGAGUCACUGUACCUCGCCUUGCUGAACUGGCAGUGUGCCUUUCCGGUCGAGUUGAGGGUCUCACAGCAGGGAUGACCAGAAUUGCCACUCAGUCCAUUUUUAUGGACUGUCAACCCAUCCAUGAUAGGUAACAACCUUCCUUGGAUAUGCAAGAGCUGAAAAAAGCAGCCCGUUUUCAAACUGUUGUCACAAGUUUGGGGAUAACAAACUGCUUUGCCUUCCACCUUCCUUGUCACCCCUGCCUGGGGGGCUGAUGAGCUAAGCCAUGUUCCUUCUGUGUUGGGCUGCCUAACCAUUGAUCCAGGAUGUGCGUGAGUGACUGGCUUGGUGAAUCAUUUUUUAAGGUCCCCUCUGCCUUUGGCCUCAGCCAUAAAAGGAUAUGGCUUGGGGAGGCUUUUUAUGACACAGGCAAAAGAGCCCCUGCUCUGGACUCAUUUAGUUUGUCUUCUGUUGAACCAUAAGUGCUGGAGGAGCUGCUAUAAUCAUCAAAUGAACGUAUGCCCUUUGUUGGUUAUCUUUCUUUUUAAAAGCAAAAGAAAAUAUUCUUUUAUUCGAAACACAUCACCUCAUUUCCAAUGCCUGGGACUGAUGUUUAAUGUAAUUUUUCCCAUGUAUGCUAUGUAAUAACAAUUCUACUAUUUCAAUAGAAGGUGUUAUAUUUUAUACACAUGCACAAAACACCCUCCUCCAUGCACAAAGAACUGCAUAAUCUUGCCAAAGAUACUGUUUAAAAUGCACUUUCCUCUUCUGUUGGUUGUACAUUUAUUGUAUGUGCUUACUUUCUUUUCUUUCUUCUAAGGCUUUGGGGUUUUUGUUUGUUUGUUUGUUGUUUGUUUUUAUUUUAAAUUUGAUGUGCAAGUGA